GCGCUGCUCCAGCGGGGCCGCCUCCCCCAGUCGCCCGCGCCGUUCCCGCGCAGCUGGGGGUCGCCGGCCGCGGACCUCCGGCGGAGCAUGCCAACACGGACCAUAGGCGCCCGCUGCUUCAGCUCCAACGCCCGCCAGGAGGGCACCGUCAAGAUGUGGAACGAG